AUGAAGUUCGCGAAAGACCUGGACGACAAUGCGGUGCCGGAGUGGAAAAGUCAAUACCUUGACUACAAGCAUGGAAAGAAGAAGCUCAAGGCUGUGACCAAGGCUAUUCGGAAUGUUGAGAAGCCAGAGGACAAGGAGAAAGUGGGACGCAAGAGUCCCUUUUCAUCUCUGAGAGAUGCGCCAGUACACAGUCUGUUCCAGCGCGAGCCCCGGAUACCAGCUCCUCAGCCUGAGACUCGUGACAGCGACAGGAGCCACACACCGCUCUUCAAGACAAGGUCGAGAAGCGAAGCGCCGAGUCCUCAGGCUCGAAGGCGAGAGGAGGAGCAGGAGGAUGGCAGUCAUCAGGUCAAGACAUUUCCCAUGGACAUCAACGAGCGUAGUCCUCUGCGCACGAAGAAGGAUCAGGGACCGAAGUUGACUCGCUAUGGUAGCAUCAUUGGUACUCCUCCAGACGCAGAUACUCCUGUCAUGGCUGCUUUGAGGCAAGCUCCUUCACUUACACUGCCCGAUCCUGCCAUUCCAUCCCAGUCCGACCCUGAUUACGAUAGGCCUGUAAGUCCUGGAUCUCCUGUAGCCGUCUCCAAGCCACCACCGUCCCAGCUCGCCCACACCGGAAAUGCAUACCAGGUUACCAAGCCCACGGAUGGUCCACCAUCGAGCGCACUGUCAACACGCCUACAGGCAUUACGUACGCCAAAGCGUGCCAAUUCCACACCCGACGGAGGCAACAGACCUUUCGUGAGGCGCAUGUUCUCUAUCGCACCGACCAACUCUGGCCCGAGUUCAGGGCGUGAUGUGGCUCUGGAACAAUACCGUGAAGUCGACUUCCGACAAGCAGAAUUCUUCCUAUUUCUGGACAAAGAGCUCGGCAAGAUCGAGAAGUUCUACAAGCAGAAGGAAGACGAAGCAGAGGCAAGGUUGAAGGUGCUACGAGAACAACUGCAUGUCAUGCGCGACAGGAGGUUGGAAGAAAUCUUAGCCAUGGAGCAGAAGCACAAACACCCACCCCCAACAGCAACUACAGCUCCUCCUGUAACCGGCGACGGUGGCCACAUCGAUUGGGUGCCCACCCUGCAGGUACCUCCAAGUCGCACCGGUCUAGAGACAGCCACGGACGACCAAGCAGUAGCACGUCGUUCGCACCCCUUCAAAGCAAGCAUAGAGGUGACUCGAGACGCCUUGGAGAAAGUGAAACCGGGCCACGUAGGCAAGACAUCCCAAGCAAUGAACCAGCUCAGUUCACCCGCACGCGCACUCGGCGUGGGUGCAGGACAGGAACAUGAUCCCAGCCAGGAUUAUACUCGUCGACCAACGACACAUACCGUGCCAUACCGAGUAGCGAAACGGAAGCUCAAGAUCGCUUUAGGCGAAUACUAUCGAGGUCUGGAGCUUCUGAAAUCGUAUGCCCUGCUCAACCGGACGGCAUUUCGGAAAAUCAACAAGAAGUAUGAUAAGGCGGUUAAUGCUCAUCCGAAUUUGCGGUAUAUGGCCGAGAAGGUCAACAAAGCGCAUUUUGUGAUGAGUACGACUCCCGACGACCUCAUAUCACAAACAGAAGACCUCUACGCUCGAUACUUUGAGCGAGGAAAUCAUAAAAUUGCCGUCGGGAAGUUGAGAGCCAGAAUAGCUAAAGCGGGCAACUACACAGGUCCCGUUUUCCGUACCGGCAUCCUCCUCGCCUUGGGAGCGGUGUUCGGCAUUCAAGGCCUGGUCUACAGCGUUCUCCGCCUUAACGACAAAUCACGUGCUAUGGACACAGAGUUCCUCCAGCAAAUUUAUGCUGGCUGGUUCUUGAUCCUGGCCUCAAUCCUGGCAUUCUGCUUCGAUUGUGCGGUGUUUUCGAGGUUCAGGGUCAAUUACCAGUUCAUCUUUGAGCUGGACAAUAGGCACAUGCUGCACUGGGAGCAGCUGGCGGAGAUCCCAUCGUACGUGUUCCUAUCGGAUUGUAUUCUCACCCGUCAAGGCCUCCUUCUCCAUCUUAUCGUAUAUGUUCCUGUCCCGGUUGAGAGCUGA